AUGACAAACCCUCCUAACAGAGGCUCUACUAGUCGUAGUCGAAGUCCUUCAAAAUCAUUUUCUAAAAAUACUUCAAAUCAACCAAAAGAACGUCCUCCUGAUGCUGAAAUUCAACAGUCUCUUGAAGAAUAUUUAGAAACAGGAAAAUUACCAGAACCUGACAUGAAAGAAUAUGUUUUUCAGCUUAUAAAUAGAUUACGAGUCAGAUCUUUGCUUUUAGGUCAAUACAAUGAAGCCAAAAAGCUUGAUUAUAUAAUUAAGGAAAUGAAUGAUCUUUAUAAACAAGAAAUUGCAGAUCAAGUCAAUGAAUUAUCGCAAUCUACCUUAAAUGAGAAACGACAAGAAUACCAACAGAAGUGGAACGAAGUUAAUGAAAAAUGGCAGCAGAAAAUCGAACAACAAAAGAACGAAAACCAAAAAUAUCUUAUUAAUAUGGAAAAUCGGCAAAAUGAUGAAAUAUUACAGUUUAGAAAGAAAUGGCAGACUCCGGAGUUCAUUGAAUCAUUCAAUAAACCAUCAAAUGUCUUAUUAAAUUUACGAUAUCAAGAAACUAAGCUUGCUCUAAUGCGAAACUACGAUGAAGCAGCCAAGCUUCGUGAACUUGCUAACAAAAGGCAGAUAGAAGAGGAAAAUGAAAUGCGUGGAAAUAUGCAAACCCAAAUGCGACGGGAAUACUUCAAAAUAAAAGAGCGCCAUGAUAAAGAAAGGGACUCUCUUGAAGAGCACCAACAGAAAACCUUAGAAAAACUGGAAUCACAAAGAAUUAAAGAUUUGAAAGAAUAUCAGGUCUCAGACAGGCCUCCACACGUAUCCAGAAUACAACUAGCGAUGAUAUCUAAUGAUAGGAGCCACGUUCAGACUGCUUUGCAGACACCAAGAACUGCAACAUCACUGGCUGUUUUUAGAAACACUCGACACGCGCGAUUGAAUUUGGAUCCGAUGAAUGACGAUGAUUUUAGCACUUUAGAAAACGAGUCUCAGCUUUAUAAAAGAAGAUCGGCAAUUUUCUUGUCACAGCCUCAAUCGAGACUGCCUUCAAGGCCAAUGUCGAGAUCUACUUCUCGAUCUUAUUCUCCAUCAAAAUUAUAA